UGUGGACUGUGCUGAAAAUUUUGGCAGUAAAAGUCACUAUCUUAGUUCUUAUGAUUCAGUCGCAAAACAAGCUCGAACGAAUUCGUGUCUACCCUGAUCUAAAAUGCGGUUACUCAUAGGAUUACUUGCCACCGUUCUACUGACGUUGGUUGAAAAAUCAACUGCUGAUAUUCCCGAUUGCGAUUUCUAUGAUACUGUAGAUAUUUCAGAUGCUGAAAAGUUUUCUAACGGAUCGUACCUGUAUGACAGCUUACUGAUUCCCGCCAAUUUGGUGGGUGAAUAUGACUUCGAGAUUUUGCCUGAUGGAACAAAAAAAUUCGGUUCGAGGCACAUGAGAGGAUGUGCCUGCAAACUAAGGCCCUGCAUUAGAUUUUGCUGCCCUCACAAUCACAAAAUGAAGAGCAGCAAAUGCGUUGGAGAAAUGUCAUUAGACGAACUGGAGAGCCACAAUCGCUACGUGAACGUGACCCUCAACAACGGAACGGUGGCCAAAAGACACUUUAAAGAGGAUCUAGUCGUCCAAUCGGAUCUGCCCUUGCCCUGUGGUGACGAAAGCAUGCAUUACGCAGAUCACACAAGGCCUGGAAACGGCUUCACACUGUUCGAGAAUGGAACCUUUUUUCGGGCUUGGGACAGUGCGUACUUGAAUAAGGCGCAAUACUGCGUUCAGCACAUUGAAUUUCAGGGUGAUAGUAUUCGCAUUGCUCCCCACUUUUGCCAUCUUGAUACUGAACCCUCGAAAACCGGGCAGAGCGUCGUGAUGAUAAUAUCAUUGAUAUGUAUGGUUCUCACGAUCAGCGUGUACCUCUACGUGAAGAAGCUACAGAACUUGCACGGAAAGUGCUUUAUGUGCUACAUGGUCGCCCUGUUCAUGGUUUACCUACUCCUGCUCCUCGACUUGUGGCACGUGUUUAAACUACCCUCCACCAUAUGCACCACAUCAGGAUUUCUGGGCUACUUUUUCGUCAUGGCCGCGUUCUUUUGGCUUUCUGUCAUUAGUCUGCAUCUCUGGAACACGUUUAGCGGCACCGCCCAUUCGCUGAAUCGAUUCCUGCCUGAACAUCGAUUUCUGGCCUACAACAGUUACGCUUGGGGCAUGGCACUGGCUAUGACCGGUGUCACCUUCCUGGCUGACAAGGUUAUAGAGGACAGGGACUGGGCACCUCGUAUGGGCACCACUCAGUGUUGGAUCUACACUGGCGACAACGUUGUCUUGCUGUACUUCUAUGGGCCGAUGUUACUGCUGAUUGUUUUCAACAUAACCAUGUUCAUCCUGACUGCUAUUCGCAUUGUAAAAGUAAGGAAGGAAGCCCAGAACUUUUCCCAACAGCAAAGAAGAACCAACAAGCUGAACUCGGACAAACGAACUUACACCUUCUUCCUGCGUCUCUUCAUCAUCAUGGGUUUGUCGUGGAGCUUGGAGAUUGUGUCCUUCCUUGUGAGCCGUGACUCUUUCUGGCCUAAGGUUUUGGUGGUGGCCGACUACUUAAACUGGUCCCAGGGCACCAUCAUAUUCGUGCUGUUUAUCUUGAAGCCUAGCACUCUAAAACUCUUAAAGGAUCGCAUUAAGGGAAAGAAAGAGGAAGAUCGUGACAGCGAGGAAGAGAUCUCGCUUGAUAAUACGAAAUUUGACCCAAGUAUCCUGUAAUAGGGGACAACCAAAAUACACCUGGAGUGCCAUCAAUACGAAAUCGAGAGAAAGUUGAAGUGCGCCUUCUGCAAGUGGGGGUCUGUAUUUGAGUAUUUAUUGGUAGGAAGUCUCAUUUCUUCCUAGCCUACAACUGGAAGAUUUUCGAAGUUUUAAGGAUGGAGCAGCACACGUACUCACUCGGAACCUUAACUACCUCAAAUUUUACACGGCUUAAGAAUAAGAAACAUUUUAUUACGACCAGCUGUACGCAUUUUCUAAAAUUUACAUAAAUUUCUUAUAAACUUUUUAAA